GAAUUAAUUAACUAAAUACAAUACUGUAUACACAGACAACUUGUAUUUUUAUGACUUUAAAUAUCUGAAGUGAACGACCUUACAAUAUCCUCAUCAUCGUUGCUCGGAUAAAAGAGCACUCGACGACGAGCUACCGGCUUUCGUCAUCUGCGUCGCUAGUCUGUAUUCCCCGUACUCUGUAGGCCAUGAGAGAAUUGUAUUGCAACGUUGAAUAAGAAACGGAUAAGAUCAAAUUACACGCGGGAAAAUUGGAUUGAAAAAAAAAACGUGAAAUAAGCAACGAGAAACGUUAUACACAUACAUAUGGACUCGACACAAUAUGAAAGAUCGACUCGUGUCGGCAGAGGCAUGAAUAUCAUGGACACUGUAAGCGGAAGAAUCGAAUCGGGCGAAGGAGAUGCAUACGUACAAAUCACCGAUCCAGGAAUAGAAAGAAAAGAAAAGUGCAUUCACCAGGAAGAUAAUGACAGUAAUAAUGCAGUGAUCAUGACUUGUACAAGCAUCGAUAGUUGUAGAAGUAAAGAAGAAAGUCUUCCUCCAUAUAGAAGCAAUGAAUAUACCAAUGAAAUUAUGCGUCAUUCUUCGAACCGAUUACUACACAGGAAAAAGAAAUGCAGGUUCAUCAAGAAAUCAGGGCACUGUAACGUCAGCCAUGCACAUCUUAGCGACAAACCACAACGUUUUAUGGCAGAUAUUUUUACAACAUGUGUGGACCUGAGAUGGCGUUGGAAUUUACUUCUAUUUAGCACUGCAUUUAUCAUAAGCUGGCUGUUUUUUGGACUCCUAUACUGGUUGAUAGCGCACGUACAUGGAGAUUUUGUAGAAGGCGGAAAUGAGACAGCUUGCAUUAACAAUCUUGAAGCCAGUGCUCCUUUUACAUCUGCAUUUCUUUUUUCACUGGAAACUCAGACCACUAUUGGUUACGGACUCAGGGUGGUGACAGAAGAAUGUGCGUCAGCUAUAAUUAUUGUUGUUUUACAAUCAGUAUUCGGAUGCGUUAUCGAUGCUUUUAUGAUUGGUUUAAUAAUGGCCAAAAUUUCACGACCGAAAAAGCGAGCCGAAACAUUACUUUUUAGUAAGAAAGCGUGCGUUAAUGUUCGAGACGGACAAAUGUGUCUCAUGGUUCGUGUCGGGAACUUGAGGAAAAGUCAUUUGGUGGAAGCAACUAUAAGGAUGCAAUAUAUCUACUCUCGAACAACACUCGAAGGUGAAUUUAUACCAUUGGAACAAAUAGAUCUCCAUCUUGAUUUGAAAAACGAUUCCGACAGACUAUUUCUCGUAACUCCUCAAACUAUUUGCCACCCUAUUGAUGCCGAUAGCCCACUGUACAAUAUGAACAAAGAAUCGUUAAAAGACGCUGAUUUUGAGAUCAUACUUAUUUUGGAAGGGAUGGUAGAAGCCACCGGAAUGACAACACAAGCUCGUGCAUCUUACUUACCAGGAGAAAUGCUUUGGGGACAUCGAUUUGAAAAUGUUAUCACAUUUACUCAAUCAAACGGUUACAACGUAAAUUUCAAGAAGUUUGAUAAUACGUACGAAACAGUGGGGACACCCACAUGCAGCCCAGCAGAAUUAAUGAUCCCCAGAAUCAUGAUACCAAAUGGAUCAACAGAAGAUACAAAAAUACGGAGUGCAACGAGUUCUAUCAAACGCAUACGCGAGGACCACAGCAUAUCAGAUGGUAGAGAUUCCGGCUAUACCCCUGUCGAAGAAGAAGAUCGUCCAUCAACUGAGAGCACCAAAACACUGAGCAGUAUUUCAAGUACUGGAAGCAGAUUCUCUAUGACCUCUGACCCGAAACAUAAGGUGUGGUCAAGAAGGAAAAAGGAUGAUGCAAGUACAGAGAACAAAGUGGAAGAUUCUGUGUUUCUACCAACAAGCGAUGACGAUUUCACUGAAAAGCAGAUAAACCAAACACAAAACGAGAAAAAUAUUACCAUGACCAAUUCGUCACAGAUUUUAACAGAAAAGAACGUAGCAAACGGUGUACAUGCUUCUAACCACAUCACCCCAAAAGUAGCUGCGGUGAAGGAAAAUAGAGUUGAUGAACAAAACGUCAUAGCACCAAAGACUGUGUUCCAAGUAGUACCGGUAAAAGAGUCCGAUGAAACAGCGCUGUUGCUUGAUAGCCUACCUGCCUGCAAGGCGACUCCAGUUAUACAAGUUUUGGAUGAACAACCGCGGAUUACUGACUCCCCGGUGUAAAUUAAGCGAGAAAACUCACCGAGUGCCAAAUAGAUUGUAAGUAUGAGGGCACACCACCAAGUUGAAGACAGAAAAAGCGCGGAAAGCUCUAGUGCGCCGCAAGUGAUCUUUGAAUACCGAGGUGCUGUCAACACCCGAACGUCGAUGCAACAUAUUUUAUUAAUCAACUAUCAACAGACCUCAAAUUUCACUAAAUUUGUGAUAAUUACGUCACUGUGAGAUGAUAUAACAAGAAAACUGUCGAAUAAUGAUCGAAAACUGUAAAAAAGUUUCCAUGAUUUUCCAACAAGAUAAUAACCGAGUUUAGAAGUAGUCACUGUGUG